AUGAUAACUCUGGUGACAGAAUGUAGGUAUAAAUGUCACAUCUCUUGUUCUCGUCUCUAGAUUUUUGCAGGAGAGCUGUUUGAAGAGGAGGCUUAAAAAGAGAAGAGCCACUACAGAUAAAUAUCAGAGGGAAAAAGAUGAACUCAGAACCACUUGCUGCUUUUUUCGCUGUGCUUCUGUGUCUCUCAGAAGGGUCCUACCUGUUCCACAAUCUCAAAAGAAAUGAGCCAAAUGAAGGUGAUGUGAGACUGUCUGGGUCCAACAUAACCUCAGAAGGCCGCGUUGAGAUUUACCAUGAUGGAAGAUGGGGAUCUGUGUGUGAUGACAAUUGGGACCUGGAUGACGCCCAUGUAGUUUGCCGUCAGCUUAACUACCAGAGGGCCAUAUCUGCCAUGUCUAAUGGAGUCUAUGGACAAGCAUCUGGGCCCAUCUGGAUGGAUGAUGUCAACUGUAAAGGGACAGAGCAACAACUUUCAUCUUGUUCAUUCAGAGGGUGUGGAAAGCAUGAUUGUAGACACGCAGAGGAUGCCGGAGUUGUGUGUUACACAGAAGUUCUAGAUCAUAAUAAAGCCCUUCACGACUCUAUAUACUCCCUGGACCACAGCAUCACCCUGUCAGAUGACCUUGGAAAACUCUUUGACAGCAGCAGCGCUUGUGACUACCUAAUAACUUUCCAGACCCCAAUAGAUAAAAUGCACGAGUAUGUCCACCCAGAGGAGAAUGAGACAACAAUCUGUGCCCACAAAGCGAUCCUCAUGUUAUACCCUUACUUCAAUGCUUCAAUGGGGACUAGUAACAUCACAGUCACUGUCAACAAAGCCUGCCAGCCAUAUCUCUCUUCCUUCAUAAGGUACCUUUACACCCGUCAGAUCAACAUGACCAACUCCUCUGCCAUGUGCCUCCAUCAGCUUGCUUCAGACUUCGGAGUAAAACAGCUGAUGGAGGACAUAGGCCGCCUCUUCUCUAAAAUCCUCCCAGAUGAUGCUUCCUUUUACUCCCAAGUUUCACUUUACAAAUAUGCAGUCAAGUCAAAGGACCUUGUCCUUGAGGAAAACUGCAUCCAGUAUCUGGCCUGGAACUUCCAAAACCUCACAGGUUCCCCUGUUUGGGCCAGUCUUCCUGUGGAUCUCCUUCGUUCCCUACUUGUCCGCUCAGAUUUGGUGGUACCUGAUGAGUAUGUUUUACUUCAGACUCUAGAAAACUGGAUCACAACCAAUGCAGACUCCCUGACUUCAGAAAGCCAGGCCGACUUGCUCCGUCUGGUUCGUUUCCCCAUGAUUCCUGCCGAGAAGCUGUAUGAGCUGGGCUCCACUUCUCUCUAUAAGACUCACAGGGAUGUUUACCUUGACAAUGUCUUGAAAGCAUAUCAGUUCAAUGUUCAACUCUACAAUAAUCAAACCAAAUCUCAGUUAGGCAAUGAAAGUGAUGAUUAUAAACCCAGAAUCUACACAAGUGAGACCUGGAGCAUUGAAAUUGAUCCUAGUACCAAACCUUCGGGGUCUCGAAGACAAAACCAGUACUUACCUUACGAAUACAGACACCCCUAUGGUUAUUAUUAUCCAAGUUCUACUUCAUCCCCUCAAAACAAACAGCUGAGAACACCUCUCCACAACAGCCUUCUGUUUAAGAACAACAUGAUCACCUGGGAUGUAAAUGUCUUUAAAACCCAGAGUGACUGUUAUGACUAUGGUGUGCGGUGUGAAUCUAUCCCUGCAGUCAGACUGGCCCGCACAAACUGGUAUUCGUCAGAAAGCAGCAUAGUCUUCCGUAACCGCCUCCUGAUGAUCUGCCAAAACAAGUAUGUCGCUCAGAUACAAGGGUUCAAAGAGACCAUGGCUUAUGUGAUUUCAAACGUUACCCAGGUCCUUGCCUAUCCCUGUCCUGACCACAAGUACACUUACAGGUUUGUGGUGAGACCUGAGUAUCUGUGAUCCAAUGAAAGGAGAUGGCAUACAAUAGAACUAAAAACAAGCAUAAUUUUCACCUUAUAUCAAGUGAGACCUGGAGCAUUGCUCUUAACCCCUUGGAAAAGCCGCCAACAUAAAGUCCAAGUCCGAGCACUGACACAACCGACCACAAUUAUAACGACAAAUAUGAAGAUUUUUCCGAUGACGAUAUCCAAUUUUAUGACAACACAAUAAUUUCAAUCCCAAAAAAUUGUUUUAAAACACUUCUCCACAAUAGUCUUAUGUUUAGGGUCAAAAUGAUUGCCUGGGACGCAGAUGUCCUAACAUCCCAGAGCGAGUGUAAUACAAAAGGAGUGCAAUGCAAUUCAGUUCCUGCAGCAAGGCUGGCUCAGCAGAAUAGUGAUAACUGGAGGAGUAACAUCCGCUUCAAUAACCGUGUCUUGCUGAAGUGCCAGAAUGGGUACAUCUAUCAGAUUCAGGCCUUUGACAGUAUGAUGGCAUACAUCAGUAAUGAUUCUCAGCCUCUUACUUAUCCCUGUCCUAAUGACAAGUACAUCUAUACAUUUGUUGUGAGACCUGAGUAUGUUUAAUCAUGUGGGUAAGAAAAAAAAUAAAAAUUAGUGUGAUUGCUUUAU